CAAAUCUUUCGCAACACAGCGGAUAACCACUGACACAGACUAGGUAAGAGGUUUAGUUUAAGCCACACACUCACCCUCGAGAAAAUGUCAGGUCAAGGCAAAGUCGCGGUCAUCACCGGUUCAUCGUCCGGAAUCGGUCGUGCGACCGCCAUCGCGCUCUCGCAGGAAGGCUGGUCACUCAUGCUGACGGCGCGGAGGGAGGCACAGCUGCAGGAAACCCGCACUCUCUGCAUCGAUGCACGCAAAGCUGUUGGACUGCCAUCCGAAGAUGGCAAGUUCCUUGUAGCUGCAGGGGAUAUCACGAACGAAGAUUUCGUCAAGGGCCUUUUCCAGAAGACAGUCGAUAGCUUUAGCCGACUCGACAUGCUAUUCAAUAAUGCUGGCAUCAGUGCUCCGGCCACACCCACCGAAGAAUUCUCCCUCGACCUCUUCAACGCCGUGCUCAGCACAAACGUCAUCGGCCCCUUCCUCUGCACUCGCGAGGCUGUGCGCAUAUUCAAGCGCCAAAUCCCCCAAGGAGGCCGUAUCAUCAACAACGGCUCGCUUUCCGCCCACAUGCCGCGCCCGCACUCGGUCGCUUACACGACCGCGAAGCACGCGAUCCUGGGGCUCACCAAAUGCACCGCCCUGGACGGCCGCCCGCACAACAUCACCUGCACGCAGAUCGACAUCGGAAACGCCAAUACAACUAUAUCCACGGCCUCCAACAACCAAUUCUCGGGCGCCCCCUCGAGCACCGCUGUCAUGCAUCUCCAGCCGAACGGGCAGGUCACGCCUGAGGACACCAUGGAUCCCGCGUACGCGGCUGCACAGAUCGUUUCGGUUGCCGCGCUGCCCAACACCGUCACGGUCUUAUCGCUCAACAUCAUGGCGACCAAUAUGCCAUAUGUAGGCCGCGGUUGACAUUGACUGCUCAAAGAAUCGCUCUCGAAUCCAAACAUAGAGGAGAGGCGGAUAGGCAGAGCAUUCCCCACACCACGAGCAGCGACGGCAACAGACAGACUACAGAGUCCAUGACAUAUCAAGCAUGUCCGUGUAUGCACUGGAACGACGAUAACUUUGCUACCAGUACAUGACGAGUGCUCAAGACACGAGAGGCAUCAUUACAAUAGCGCAGGCUGCCAUACCGAAACAGUAAUACACCCUGAAUGCGAAGGUGAGAUGAAAAAAAGGAAAAGUAAUCGACCCCGAAAAAAAGGCGAUGAAGGAACUCCUGUCUGAAUUGCAUGCGGCUGCAAGUGCUCUUUGUCCCUGUCUCAUCGGUAACUUGUUCUUUUUGAUGCAACUUGAUUGUUCACAAUGCGCAGUAAAAAUGACGAGACCUAUCAAAGUGGUUUGUUGAUGCGUCGCAUUUCCCUCAACGAAUUACUUCCCACCGCCUACAAGCGACAGCCACGCCCGGUGCAAACUGGAACUGUCGACGAUGGAUUGAGAAAGGCAAUCAAAUAGUCUUCGAG